UUUUUGUGGUGUAUUUGCAUGUGUGCGUCCGCACGCACACAGGCGCGGCUACUUGUACUGUACAAUGACUAGUAAUAAACGAGCAUCUAUCAGAGCCGGUUGUUUCACUUAAGUACUUGCAUAUACCUCACUGGCGACGAUCCGCGUCUUACCCGCGUGUGUAUUUAAAAUAACCGUUAUAAUUAUGGCUACUAAAACUUCUAUCGGGAAUUUAAGUCAGUUUGACCAUAAUACCCAAGAAUGGGAAAUUUUCAGUAGUCGUUUGAAGCAGUUCAUUGUUUUAAACGAAGUUAAAGAUCAGAUGAAACAGGCAUUGCUAUUGACCCAUCUGCAUGACGAUACAUACCGGCUAUUGAAGAACCUUGUGUACCCAAAAAAGGUAGAAGAAGUUGGGUAUGACGAGCUGUUGAAGGUGCUCGACGGUCAUUUUACUCCAAAGAGGUGUACCUUUGCUGAUAAGAGCAAAUUUUACGAGGCAACGCGUGACGUGGGGGAGAGUGUCGAGAAGUGGGCGGCUAGGAUCAGAGGACUCGCCGUACACUGCGAGUUUGGAGUCUCGCUGGACAUGCUGCUGCUGGACAAGUUCGUGCUGGGGCUACGCGCCGGCAAGGAGCGCGAGCGACUCUUCGAGCAGAACGUCUCCACGCUCACGCUGGCGAAGGCGAUGGAGCUGGCACAGCAGACGGAGUGCGCGCAGAAGGCGCGUGCAGACGCGGUGGCCGUGACCGUGAAGCAGGAGCCGGUGUACCGGGCGGGCGCGCAGCCGUCCGCCGGCCGCCGGGAUCCCGAGGCGAGGACCUGCUCGGUGUGCGGUAUGAGGAGCCACGACGAGAGUAGGUGCCGAUACAAGUCCUACCGGUGCCAGCUGUGUGGUGAAAAGGGACACCUCAAGAAAGUGUGUACUUCCAAGAAGCAGUCCAAGUGUCGGGUGAACAAUGUUGAAGCGACAGAGUUCUCGGCAGAAGGUGGAGACUGCGAUAAUUGCCAGGAAUGUAAACUUCUUAGUUUAAGAUGUCAACAUUAAUCAGAGCUCGAGUGAGGUAAUAAGGUUGUUAAAUCAAUUUAGUAGUUUAUUCGAAGAAGGGUUAGGCGAAUUUAAUAAGUUCAAAGUCCACUUGCAAUUGAAAGAGAACGUUAAACCUAAGUUUUUCAAACCGCGGCCAGUUCCGUUUGCUCUAAAAAAACGGGUAGAGGAAGAAAUCGAUCGGCUGGUAGAUUUAGGUAUACUCGUACCGGUUAAUUUUUCAGAAUACGCAACGCCUAUCGUGCCUGUAUUGAAGGAAAAUGGCAAAGUCAAAAUUGCAGGAGAUUUCUCGGUCACGUUAAAUAAAGACAUGGUUAUCGAUAAGUACCCGAUGCCGCGUAUAGAGGAGGUUUUUGCUAAAAUAGGCGGUGGUGAAAGUUACACGAAAUUAGACCUUAGCAACGCGUACAAUCAGUUCGUUUUGUCUGAUAGCUCUCAGGCGCUUACGACCAUUAGCACCACGAAGGGUCUUUAUAAAUAUACUAGGCUAGUUUAUGGUCUCGCCAACGGCCCUGCUAUUUUUCAACGCGCUAUGGAGUCGCUGUUGGUAGGUAUUGACGGAGUCAGCUGUUGGUUGGACGACGUGUGUGUAACGGGACCGACGAACGAAAUCCAUUUGGCGCGAUUGCGAGAGGUUUUGACUAGGUUUAGCGAUGCAGGUUUAAAGUUACAGAAAGAGAAAUGUGUUUUCUUAGGUGAUAGUGUAACUUAUUUAGGCUACGUUAUUAAUAAGAAUGGCUUACAAACGUCAAAAACAAAGGUGGAAGCUAUUCAUAAAGCACCAAGGCCGACUAAUGUAACGGAGGUAAAGAGUUUUUUAGGACUCGUAAAUUAUUACCGUAGUUUCAUACCGAACGCGUCGAACAUGUUAAGUGUAGAGACACGAGCUA